AGACAUUCGAAGACAGAGUUACAAAAACCGGAUGCCAUUAAAUUUACCAUAAAAUUGCAUUUUUAGGGUAAAACUGCUGACCCAGUUUAGACUUUAUAUUCAUCAGUGCACAUGAGUGCGUACAGGCUGCAGCAACUCAAGGGUCAUAUUUUGCCUGAAAAUAAGAUCACAGCAAUGGCAGGCUCACCUAGUCCUCUGACCACCCAUGUGCUCAACACUGCGAUGGGUGUCCCUGGUUCUAACAUGGCCCUCAGUCUCUAUCAACAAGACCCCUCCACUAAUGCUUGGAGUUUGAUAACCACUGGGACCACCAAUGAUGAUGGACGCUGUCCAGGGCUCAUCACAAAACAAACGUUUACAUCUGGUGUGUACAAAAUUCGUUUUGAGACUGCUCAGUACUGGAAGAGUAUUGGAGAGACCAGCUUUUACCCGUAUGUUGAGAUUGCCUUCACUAUAAAUGACCCUGGCCAAAAAUACCAUGUCCCUCUUCUCCUGAGUCGUUUCUCUUACAGUACGUACAGAGGGAGUUAGAGAUAAAGCAAGAUGAACCUCCUGAGGCUGCCUCCAUCUAUCAGCCAUCUAACACAUCACAGGCAGAGGCAACUCCACCAAGAACAUUCAUCUCAGCACCAGCUGAACUGUCACGCCAACUGACAAGACACAAUGCUCCAUUUAGUUGAUUCUUCCAUUUCAAUACUGGUGUUAUUAUCACUACAAC